UGAUGUAAAAUUUCGGAAGAACCUGUUAUACAUAUCAGUUCCAGCAUGCCUGUAUCCGAGCUCAAUCUGCAGGUGAACCUCUCCGUGGGCGGUGUCCCAUUUAAGCAGGAUAAGCAACUCAUGUUCGUCUUCUGGGGCAUCAUCUUACCAGUGAUUGGCAGUUUUGGAUUGAUCGGGAACAUACUUAACAUUAUUGUCCUAUUUCGGAGGGAAAUGAAGUCCACGACAGUGUAUUUCUUACGAACUCUUGUCCUUACAGACACGGGUAUUAUUGUCGGAUGUAUCCUUGGAUUAUCCAGUAUCUCCAUAACGCAGCUCCAUCCAGAUAAUCCAGCAAUGAACUACUACACUCACGUCAUUUACCCGCAUAUGUUCACGCCCAUCAAUUUCAUUGUUAUGGCGCUGCAAUUCACCAACGUGUGGGUGACGGUGGCUGUAACCAUUGAACGCUACAUUGCUAUAUGCCACCCGUUCAGUGCCAUCUAUGUCUGCAAUAGAAGAAAUACUUUCAUUCUGAUCGGUUGUAUUUGUGUUAUUGCCAUUGCAUAUAACAUACCCCGAUGUUUUGCUACCAAGGUCACUGAAUGUGACAAUAGAACUGAGUGUGUCACGUCAUGCGUCGGUAACAGAAGUGAUUUUUGUUCUGGUGUGACGACCAAUUUCACGGCAUGUGAUAAUAUAACUGACUGUGUCACGUCACGCGAUGGCAACAAACGUGAUUGUCGUUCUCUUGUCACUACAGAUCUGGGUAAAACGGAGUGGUAUGAACAGUACUAUAGUGUCUACGCGUACAUGAUCAUCAUAUACAUUGUACCUCUUGUAAUUCUCCUCAUAUUAAAUCUAUUUUUAAUCAUCGAGUUGAUGCGCAUGCGUAUGAGACGAUCGGCAUCAUCCAUGUUGCCAACCCCGAAUGAGAACAGUGAAACAAAUAUGAGCAUUGUACUUAUUUUGAUCGUUGUGAUUUUCAUUUUAUGCCAAACGCCAGGUCUUGUAGCGCAGUUUUGGUUUUUAGACCAAGACGUGUUAACGAAGUGGCUAUGUGUGAGCAACACGCUGUUUGCUCUGAACUCUUCUGUCAACAUCAUCAUUUACACAGCGGUUGGUCGAAAAUUCAGAACGGAACUUCUCACAAUUUUCCGUUUACGUGCAAAAGGAAAAAGAAACCGUGGUGCCCGAAAUGGCGCACCGGAAUUGGCAACAUUAAUGAACAUGCCUGUAUACGCUUCAAAAAGAUGA